AUGUCAGGGCAGGCAACUAGCCUUCCUCGACCACCAUCCACUGGGGCGUCUGUACUGACAGUCUAUAGAGACCCGCCCUGUGAGUCUCUCAUGAAGUGGAGCAGCUACUGGCUAGAAUGCCUCUUCAUCGCGAUUGUUCUCGCCAUUAACGGUUUCCGGUGUCAAUGGUUCGCAACUGAUGCCUCGAGCGCACUUCCUGCUUCUGCUGAAUGGACCCCUCGUCGCAAACUCGCUGCUCGCGAGAAGACAAGAGAGCUCUGGUAUCAUGGCUUCGAUAAUUAUAUGCAGUUUGCUUUUCCGCUAGACGAGUUGACACCGCUUUCAUGUUCAGGACAAGGCCCUGACUGGGUAAACCCGGCAAACAUAGCAUCUAAUGACGUCGCCGGCAACUUCUCCUUGACUCUCAUCGACGUGCUGGAUACUUUGGUGGUUCUGGACGAUCGUCCAGGGUUUGAGAGGGCUGUCAGAAAUGUUAUCGACUGGGUAUCCUUCGACGUGAACACAAAGCCUCAGGUCUUCGAAACAACCAUUCGAGUUCUCGGUGGUCUCCUUUCGGGGCAUAUAUUUGCCAAUCAAACUGGCCAGCCUUUCCAUUUACCUUGGUACCGGGGAGAGUUACUUGCGUUGGCACACGACCUCGGGAAGCGUCUGCUGCCUGCCUUCUCUACGCCCACGGGACUCCCAUAUGCUAGGGUUAACCUUCAGCGUGGAGUGAUGAAAGGGGAAACACUAGAGACAUGUACUGCUGGCGCAGGCUCUUUGAUGCUGGAAUUCGCUACGCUUAGUCGUUUGACUGGCGACGAGAGAUUCGAGAAGGCAGCCCACCGAGCAUUUUUUGGUCUCUGGAAUCGCAAGUCAGAGAUUGGACUUGUCGGUAAUACCAUAAAUACACGGACGGGGGUCUGGACUCAACCCGAGACGACUAGUAUCGGUGCAGGAAUCGACUCAUUCUUUGAAUAUGCUCUCAAGUGGUAUAUCUUGAGUGGUGACUUGGAAUUCCUGGACGUUUGGGAUGACGCCUACGCCGCGAUUAUGCGAUACACAAGGUCAAAAGACGGCUAUUGGUAUCGAACGGUGAACAUGCAUACAGGAGAUGUGGCAUACCUAACCGUCGAUUCUCUUUCUGCAUUCUGGCCUGGGCUCCAAGUUUUGGCCGGAGAUGUUCAGAACGCAAUCAAACUGCACAUGAUCUAUUUUAACCUAUGGAAACAACAUUCAGGCCUUCCUGAAGUAUACGAUAUUAAUUACAAGCAAGCUACUUCCCAUCAGUAUCCAUUACGACCAGAAUUUAUCGAAUCUACAUGGUAUUUAUACCGGGCUACUCGAGAUCCAUUCUAUCUCGACGUCGGCGAGCGAAUUCUUUUUGAUUUGACCACGCGUGCCAAAGUCGACUGCGGCCUAAGUGGCAUCGCAGACCUCCGCUCGAACAAGCGUGAUGACAGGAUGGAAUCAUUUGCUCUCUCAGAGACACUCAAGUAUCUGUACCUCCUGUUCGACGAAGAGAACCCGCUUCACAGCGAUGAUUCAAACUACGUGUUCACAACAGAAGGGCACAUCCUCACUCUUGGUCCAGAGUACAUAAAAGCACCACCUUCUGCUCAAAGACGGAUGCGGAAGGUCAACAGCCAUCAAUGUCCAGCAUAUAUCCCUUUUAUGCAUUCUGUAGACCAUCGCCGCAAGGAUUUUGGGCUUGUGAUGAGCGUCCAGGCGAGACCAGAUGUGGAAUACGGCCGCCACUUAGUUGGUCUGACCCCACAGACAGCCGACCAACGAUAUUGGUCUCCGGACGGUUGGUGUGAGCGACCGAAGGUGGAGCCAUACACAUACGAAUUCAUCCUUUCGCCGGGCGGCAAGACGAUCCCUGAAGAUCUGAGUCCCAAUUUGCUUAAACUCGGUUUACUGCCAGACGGUUUUAUACUCCACAACGUGACUGGUGUUCGCGCGCAAAUCGUCCAACGCCUGGACGGUAAAGGCUACGACAUUAGCAGAUUGGGUCAUUAUUCUGUUCGACCAGGACACCUUGUUUACAUCAAUGACUCUAACAUAUUUGCCUCGCAUGAAGACGGCCAUCUCGAUCAAGACGAGAUCCAUCGCCGUGAUUCCCAAAUCCAGAUUCGAGUGUUCGGUGUCACCGUUGGCCAACCCACAGAGAAGCAAGCUCCUCUCUUGGGCAAAACGAGCGUCGAUAUUUCCGUCACCGCCUAUACUGCACAAUUUGGAGCGGAUUUAUCCUCAGGUGCUCAUUUGGAACCUAAUCAAAGCCCUCCUCGAAUACGACGUCCAGAAGGUGUUGCAGUGCGACGGGAUACAGACAAUGCGUACGGCUGCGACCCGUAUGAGCUUUCAUACCGCGAUAGCAUGCUACUUGUUCGCAGAGGUGACUGCACCUUUCUCGAAAAACUCCUAAUGGCGCGCGACGCGUCAGCGGCGGGGAUAAUAAUUAUCAGUGAUGAAGAACAGGGCAUUAACCCCACUGCCAAUUCCGAGGAGGUGCUUGCGGCUGGCGAUCUCAGCGACUCGGCGGCCAUCUUACUUCCGAAGAAAACCGGGGAGACGUUCGAAGAAAUGCUCAUUCUAACCGAGCAGCUCAAGACGGUGCAAAUGAUGGUUUCUCUUCAACCAGGAGAGAAAGCGGGAGGCAAUAUACAAUCAAUCCAAGAGCAGGAGGAGCAACCUAAGGAUCCGAAUCGCAUAUUGUUCAUUAAUGGACACCCGCUAAUAAACACCCGCCUAUUGAUCUAG